GCAAGCAUGUGGUGUGGGAAGCAUCUGAAGAUGACUUGUAUGUCAAAAGAGGAGUCUCAAGAGGAAGAGCAUUGCAGCUUCUUUUUCCAGCUGCUUUCAGAGUUUCUGAGUUUCUCUGCUGAUAGUUUCUCAGCUCUUAUGAGAUAUCCUGUUUCAAACUGUGAGGCAUCAAUGAUUAUCAUUGAGAAGUUCAUUAUGGAACAGUUAAAUUUAACAAAAGAUGCAAUAUCAGAGAGCAAGAUUAUCAAUUCAGUAGGCUUGGAUAUUAUAAAAGUUGCACAGACGAUUGUUGAUGCUGUGAUAAGACUUUGCAAAGAGUAUUCUCAAGCUGUAAAUGUGGAGUCCUGUGAUGCAAGAUCUGAAAAUGAUAAAUUCGACAGCAAAGAGCCUAUAGUUAUGAACCAUGUUGCAAACAUAACAAAAUGUGCCGUAGAAAGAUUGUCUGAAUUGGGCAUCCUGGCUGCAAGUGGCGGUGGGACUCUGGUAACAGUACUAAAUGUGUCAUGGAAAGGUGUGGUUUCCUUGCUUCAGCUUGGCAAGGGAGCAUUAUCAGUAAAAGUGAAUGCAGCAGAUAUUAUAGUGACUUUGAUUUCACUGGUCAAUGAAUCUCUUAGAUGCACAGCUGAAGCUUGGUCUUCUUCACUGAAGGAAGCCAUUUCUGUAAAUGAAGCCAGAAGAACUUUUGUUCCAGUGAAAUUUUACCUGAUUAAUGCUAUAAAGAUAGCUUCCCUCUUUCCUAGUCAAGCAUAUACGGUAUACAAAGAGAUUACGCUUUGUGUAGUGAUGAUCUCAAGUUUAAGAAUUUCACUGAGUCAUGAAAAAGGUUUGAAAGUUGCCAGCGAAGUUUUGACAGAACUUCUGGAGAGAUCUUCUUUGGAUUUACUUAAUUCUUUACUGAAUUCAGCUCUUGUCAGACAGGAGAAGCUUGAAAUUCUUGACUGGUUAUUUACUGAGGAAUGUAACUUGAACCCUAUCCAUGGAGAUCCAAGUAGUAACUAUAGGGCAGCUUCGAUUGAUGAAAUCUUUUCUCUGAGUUGCGAAGCGAUGUCUGGGGCAAGAAUGUUAUUGCCCGGUCGAGUUGGAUUGUUUCUUAGUUUUCUUAUGUAUUCUCCUGAUCUUGAAGAAGAUACGAAAUUUGCAAUAACCAGAAAGCUUGGUUGGUUUUUAGAAGUGUUAACAGAUGAAGAGGUGUAUUCUUCCAUUCUUGUCUCCCAAAUUCCAGUAUUAUAUAGUUCUGGAAAAACUGUUGAACUAGUCUGGGAGACUCUGUUUUCAGCUCUGUUGCACGCUUUAAAAACCUUCAUGAUUGUAGUGUCUUCAUGUCGUGCUUGGGAGGAUUUUAUGUUUUUCCUGUUUGAAAAUUUCUUCCAUCCUCACUUUCUUUGCUGGGAGAUUGUGAUGGAACUUUGGUGCUUUUUGGUGUGUCAUGCUGAGGUAGACUUAGUGAAUGGUAUAAUCGAUAAACUUUGCACAUUGAUGAAGUCUUUCGUAUCUUCAGAAUCUGUUAUUGUUCCUGGUUCUACCCUAAGAAAAAUGGCACGAUCAAUUUGCGUGCUUCUUACUUAUAGUGGACAAUUUUUGGUAGACAAAGUUUACAAUUAUGUUGCCAAUGAAGACAGAUCUCAAUCAUCAUCAAUUAUGUUUCUUGCUCUCCUUUUGGAAGGUUUUCCGAUAAAUUCUCUGUCAGAUAAUAUAAGAAGUUUUGCCAAACAAAAAAUCAUUACUGAUUAUUGUAACUUCAUUGAGAGAUUUGCUGACAAAUCGUUCAGUGCCUCCAGUUCUGGUGUGUUGGGAGUGCCAGUUUUUGCUCUAUCUGCUUCUUUGCCGUCACUCCAGGUCGGUAUAUCUGAUAUUGACAUGAAGACCCUGAAGUUUUUAGUUUCUACUAUCCGAAGCUGUAGAAAUCCUGCUGACCAGCUGAUGAAGAAGCAAUACUGUAAGCUUUUGAGUGAAACGCUUGGGAUUAUUUCGAAUAUGAAGCAUCUAUAUGCAUUUGAUGAGAUGGAGGAAGUCAUCUUGGAGCUUCAGGACCUGUUUAUCUCAGGAUCAACAGACUCAGAUAUUCAGGUGUAUCAAUGCAAAGCAGAAUUGGCUCUUUUUAUGGCAGGAUUUGGUGAGGUGGAGAUGUCAGAAAGUGAUGAUUGUGCUAAGAGCUGUGCUGUGUGGAAGUUGUACCACAUGCUCUUCCAAGACCGGCAUUGGGCACUUGUUCAUCUGGCACUUGCAGCGUUUGGCUAUUUUUCUGAACGUACCACUUGCAAUCAGUUGUGGAGAUUUGUGCCCCAGGAUGCUGCUCUUUCAUAUGAUUUGGAGUCUGGAAAUGAGCCAAAUGAGGAGAGAUUUAUGUCUGAGUUCAAGGCAUUUCUUGAGAAGGAACUGGCUCUUCUUACAGUUACACAUAGAUCUGAGCAGCUUGGGUUGUUAGUGAAGGAAGGUUUGAUGCUUAGAGAAGUAGUCCAAAAUAUUUCAAAUAUGGAGUCAGAACCAAUGGAAUGUCAAAGCAUGGAACUUGAUGGUGAAAACCAAUCUAAUAAGAGAAGAAAACUUCCUGAUGAAUUAAGUAAAGGAAUGGAAUUACUACGGAAUGGUUUAAAAGUUAUUGGUGAUGGCAUUUCCCAUUGGCAGCAAAACCAGUUUGACUCCACUGAACUUCAGGAGAAGCUUUUGGCAUCCUUUUCUCGUCUUGAAGAUGCGAUUUCUCACCUAGCAGGCCUGACGGACAGUGGCUAAGUUGUGGUUUUCAGCUCUCCGCUCGUAAUUUGCUGCAAUGAUAUAACAGGGUUCUGAAUUUAUGUUAUAUGGCAGGCUCUCUGAGGAUUAUAAGCGAACUGCGUUCUAAGCAUGAUGGAUAUGGCUUCCGCAGAUAUGUCAGACUAACUAUCUGUUGGCUUCAGGAAGCCAUAUUUGACGUUCCAACGGAAAUAGAACCAUUUCUCAAACCUUACAAGGUAAUCUAAUACAAGUUCUCUAUAAUAUUGGUCGGUCAUAUUGAAACCAUUACCAAUGAGUGUUGCAGUCGUAGAAUGAUGUGGUUGCAUUUGCAUGAAAAUUUGUCAAGUCUCACUUUGAAUAUUAUGUAUAUGGUCUGAGGAAUCGUCCUGUGUGGCACCUAAACAUGUCUUCAUAGAGGCACGAUUUUUAUGUAUCCUACACUGACAUUUAAUGUGGAUAUUCCAAAGAUAGGAAAUGGAAG